GUCCGUUAUUCAAGGUCCUAAUAUAUAAACAGUCACAAUUGUGACUGUUUGCUGUCUUAACAAUGGCCCCGCGUAAGUGUUUAAAUGAUCCUAACAGUUUUUGUUAUAUUUGUGGUCGUUUCACGUUUGUUAAGAACAGGAUAAAGCUUGAAGAUAAUGUGAAAUCAUUUUACCGCAAUUACUUCAACAUUUCGAUAUCCAAUCAAGAUAAGUCUUGGGCUCCACACGUAGCUUGUAAAUCAUGUGUUGAGUCAUUAAGGCGUUGGAACAAUGCCAAAAGUAAAAUGCCCGUAACUUGGCGAAAAAAAAUCGUAGGUAGUCGAUCAAUAUCUCAUUUUGAAGGAUUCGGAUUCUACGCAGAAAAUUACUUCGGAAAUGACCCACAGCUUCCCGACAACAUCCAAGACCCCCUUUUUUGUAGACCUGUGUUAUAUAAUCGAUUAUUCAUGUUAAGCGUCAACCGCGAUCAGCCUUACUUGUUGUACUGCAACAUUUGCGGAAACUCGCGCAACCUCAAGACUUCUGAUUCUUCCGGGAAAGGAAACACCCCUGUGAGUUUGAAACCGGGUUACCCGAAGCCCGUACGGGGGAGGAAGAAUCUGAGAAGGUUCACGCGAGCCUGGACGAGCGCAGACGAUCGAUCGAUUACCUCCUUGGAGGAAGAGGAGAAGGCGGAGGAGGAAAACAAGAGCGCGGAAUAA